UUCGCGCCAACCUCGUCCUUUUUUCUUAUUUAUAAAAUUAUUUAUAUUUAUUUUAUAGUUAGCAAUCGGCAUUCGGCAAUAUCAUCACCUCCGUCAUCGCAUUUAAUUCAAUUCAAUUCAAUUUCAUAUAUCUCUCUCUCUCUGAUUGGAUCUAUAUUCAUUUUUUAUUUUCUUCUCUUUUCUCUUUCUCUUUCUCUUUCUCUUCCUCUUCUGAGCUACGUUCUGUACUGAACUAAACAAAACACAGAUUCAGUUUCCGACUUUGUACCUAAGCGAUUGAGAUGGAAAGUAGGAAGAUGCUUAGCGAGGCUGAGACUAAUAAAUCUGCGGAUCAAGUGGCCAGUUUUGACUUUGACUUGUUCGUUAUUGGUGGUGGAAGUGGUGGCGUUCGUGCCGCUAGGUUCUCAGCUAAUUUUGGAGCUAAGGUUGGAAUUUGUGAGCUUCCGUAUCAUCCAAUUAGCUCGGACAAGCAUGGAGGCUUUGGUGGAACGUGUGUGAUUCGUGGUUGUGUUCCCAAAAAGAUUUUAGUCUAUGGAGGAACUUUUGGAGGUGAUCUUGAGGAUGCCAGAAAUUUUGGUUGGGAAUUGAGUGAGAAAAUUGAUUUCAACUGGAAGAAGCUCUUGCAAAAGAAGACAGACGAAAUAAGCAGAUUAAAUGGAGUAUACAAGCGGUUGUUAUCCAGUGCUGGAGUUAAAACAUUUGAAGGCCAGGGAAAGAUAACGGGUCCAAAUGAAGUUGAGGUGACCCAAAUUGAUGGCACAAAGUUGUCCUAUACAGCGAAGCACAUACUGAUUGCAACUGGUAGCAGGGCCCAAUUCCCAAAUAUUCCUGGACAGGAGCUCGGUAUAACAUCUGAUGAGGCAUUAAGUUUGGAGGAAAUUCCAAAGCGGGUGGUAGUUCAUGGCGCUGGUUAUAUUGCAGUUGAGUUUGCAUCCAUAUGGCGUGGGAUGGGUUCUGAAGUCCAUCUAGUCUACAGGAAGGAACUUCCAUUGAGAGGUUUUGAUGAUGAAAUGAGAGCAGUGGUUGCAAAAAAUCUUGAAGGCAGGGGGAUUGUUUUACACCCGUCGACAAAUUUGGCUCAGUUGAUCAAAACGGAGGAUGGUAUUAAAGUCAUCACAGACCAUGGUGAGGAGCUGAUGGCCGAUACUGUACUAUUUGCCACUGGUAGGGCUCCUAAUUCCAAGAGGUUAAAUUUAGAAGCUGUAGGUGUGCAAGUUGACAAGAUUGGAGCCAUCAAGGUUGAUGAAUACUCACGCACUAAUGUACCUAGCAUAUGGGCAAUUGGUGACGUGACGAAUCGAAUGAAUCUUACUCCGGUGGCCUUGAUGGAAGGCACAUACUUUGCAAAUACGGUAUUUGGUAACAGACCAUCGAAGCCGGACUACAGUAAUAUCCCCUGUGCAGUGUUCUGUAAUCCACCACUUUCUUGUGUUGGUCUCAGCGAGGAGCAGGCAAUAAAGCAAGCAAAUGGAGAUGUGUUGGUUUUCACAUCAUCCUUUAAUCCUAUGAAAAACACCAUCUCCGGGCGACAAGAAAAAACUGUUAUGAAGCUUGUUGUGGAUGCUGCGACAGAUAAGGUCCUUGGAGCAUCCAUGUGUGGACCAGAUGCACCUGAAAUCAUGCAGGGUAUUGCUAUUGCCCUGAAAUGCGGUGCUACAAAGGCUCAAUUUGACACCACAGUGGGAAUACACCCAUCUUCUGCAGAAGAAUUCGUUACCAUGAGGUCCGUGACAAGGCGCAUCCCUGUUGGUACCACACCUAAGACAAACCUAUGAACUAUGGUGCAAGUU